AUGGCUGAACACUCAUCCCGAGGACCCCGAGGGCUGGGGAACCGAGCCCCAAAUAACACCCCCGCCCCCGAGGCGCCAAACGUCCCCAAAGGCCCUUUGCACACAUCAAAGGCAUCCUUGCCCUCCAUCUCCCCGACAUCUGUCAAAAUCAUCCCAGAUACCGGGGCCAAAAGCAACAGUGGUGACCUUGCCCGAAGCCCUGCGAUUGUCCCCGACGAGCCAGGCACAAAGCCGCGUCACUUUCCUGACCCUUUCCUUGCCCCCAAAGGCGUUCUGCUUCAGAUGCUUCCGCUCUGCUUGGACACAUGGGAACACAAGUCCUCAGGGGGAGAGAAAGGAGAGCCCCCGCCCAGGACGGCCCCAGCCGGCCUCCGUGGUCUGGAAGGAGCCGGCCCCACGGCCGAGCCCAGGGACUGGGGCUCAGGGUCCUCACCGCCAAAGCCCCGGAAACAAGAUGGGGUCACUGGGAGAGCUGCGGACAGUGCCCAGAUCAACGCCUGGAACAACGCUGGAAACGCCAACGUGAGUCAUGGGGAUGGAGAUUCCUUGGAACCGGAGCUGUCCCAUCCUAACGGCAGUGGCCAAGUAAGGAGCAGGUGCCCGGGGGGAGCGGGUGCCCGGGUGGGGAGUGGGUGCCCGGGUGGGGAGCGGGUGCCUGGGGGGGAGCGGGUGCCUGGGGGGGAGUGGGUGCCCGGGGGGAGCGGGUGCCUGGGGGGAACGGGUGCCCGGGUGGGGAACGGGUGCCUGGGGGGAACGGGUGCCUGGGUGGGGAGUGGGUGCCCGGUGGGGAGCGGGUGCCUGGGGGGGAGCGGGUGCCUGGGGGGGAGUGGGUGCCCGGGGGGAGCGGGUGCCUGGGGGGAACGGGUGCCCGGUGGGGAACGGGUGCCUGGGUGGGGAGCGGGUUCCCGGGUGGGGAGCGGGUGCCUGGGUGGGGAGCGGGUGCCUGGGGGGGAGCGGGUGCCCGGGUGGGGAACGGGUGCCCGGGUGGGGAGCGGGUGCCUGGGGGGAGCGGGUGCCCGGGGGGAACGGGUGCCUGGGUGGGGAACGGGUACCCGGGUGGGGAACGGGUGCCCAGGUGGGGAACGGGUGCCCGGGGGGAGCGGGUGCCCGGGGGGAGCGGGUGCCCGGGGGGAGCGGGUGCCCGGGUGGGGAGCAGGUGCCCUCCCCCUGCCCUGGGGGAGACGGCUUCCUGGAGCACUGAAAACCCCAGGGCCGAGACCUGAGCGAAGCCACAAAGGCCGAUUUGGGGGCAGGGGAGGACACAGGCGACAUCCACAGACCCGUCCCGUGGCCGUCCCACCGAGGAACGGGCAGCUCUUCCCCGGGCACCAGGAACGGCCCGCGCGCCCACCCACGCAGCCAGGUCUGAAGGAGCCCCGGCCCAAGCUGUCCCCGAGCCGAGGAGACGCCAGGAAAACCCCAGGCCCCGUUGGCGCCUCUGCUCCCAGCAAAGCGCCUAACUUCUGGAGACGGCCCACGGCUGGCGCGUGUGAGCCUCGGGCCGCCCGCGGGACGGUGCUGGACCAGUCCCGGCCCUGCCUUCGGUCCCCGUCUGUGAAACGAGACGACCUGCGGCCUCCGGCCCCCCUCCUGCUCCUCCUGGAGCCCGACUUUGGCCCCGAGCACACAGACCAGUCUCCGGUGGCCCUUGGCGCGCCCUGCGCUCGGUGCCCUCGCCAGUCACGGGCGCCCCAGCCGGCGCUCCUCCGGUCAGCGAGUGUGGGCCCCCCAGCCCGCAGCGGUGCCCAACCUACGGGCAGGGCCCCUGUGCCCCCUGUGCCCCCCGGCCUGCAGUGGUGCCCAACCAACGGGCAGAUCCCUGUGCCCCCUGUGCCCCCCGGCCCGCAGCGGUGCCCAACCAAUGGGCAGGGCCCCUGUGCCCCCUGGUCUACAGCGGUGCCCAACCAACGGGCAGGGCCCCUGUGCCCCCUGUGCCCCCCGGCCCACAGCGGUGCCCAACCAACGGGCAGGGCCCCUGUGCCCCCUGUGCCCCCCGGCCCACAGCGGUGCCCAACCAACGGGCAGGGCCCCUGUGCCCCCUGUGCCCCCCGGCCCACAGCGGUGCCCAACCUACGGGCAGGGCCCCUGUGCCCCCCAGCCCACAGCGGUGCCCAACCUACGGGCAUGGCCCCUGUGCCCCCUGGUCUACAGCGGUGCCCAACCAACGGACAGAUCCCUGUGCCCCCUGUGCCCCCCGGCCCACAGCGGUGCCCAACCAAUGGACAGAUCCCUGUGCCCCCUGUGCUCCCCGGCGGUGCCCAACCUACGGGCAGGGCCCCCUGUGCCCCCCGGCCCGCAGCGGUGCCCAACCAAUGGACAGAUCCCUGUGCCCCCUGUGUCCCCCGGCGGUGCCCAACCUACGGGCAGGGCCCCUGUGCCCGGGCACUGGAGAAGCGCCUCAGGGGCCGCCGCGCCUCUGGUUGUGCUGAGACCGGCCGGGGGGAGCCCAGGGAUCCACGUCCAAACCUGGCCCCGCGGCCGCUGUUCCACGGGCGACCCUUCUCCGAGCCCUCGAAAGGGAGGCACCAGCGACCUUCGGCCCGGCCUGGGUCCCGCCUCCACCGCACUCAGUCUGGGGGGGGGGCAGAAAUAGGGGAGGGGGCAAAAGGAAGGGGGAGGGGCGGCCCCGUCUGCCCAGUCAAUGGGUACGACGACCACAAUGGUAACUCGGACGGCAUUCACGCGUCGGGGCCAGCAGGAGGAGCCACAGAGCGCCGGGCCUGGGGCCAGGGACUCUGCCUCAGUUUCCUCCUCUGUCAGCAGGAGAAGGAAACCGCCAAGAAAGCCCCCGACGGGCCCCAGGGUCAGAGGGCCGGACCCCGGGCACACGUAGGCAGCGCGACUGCAGCCGGGGCCUCGCACGCAGCGCGACUGCAGCCGGGGCCUCGCACGUAG